AUGGGGGUUAUCAGGCAUGAUAUUGACCCGAAGGGGGAUCUUUUGAUCGUCCUCAAGAGCCCAAAUACACUGAACUUGAUGCCAGAUCCACCCAUCGAACACGAUUCCUAUCGCCCGCCCCCUCCCUACUACAGGCGUAUUCUCGUUGACCCAUCUCGAAAUGACAAAAUUGAGAUUGAGUUUAGAGUCUCUUCAUUACAAAUGAUCCGCUCUUCCGCUUUCUUUGAGAGGAUGCUCGGGGGACCAUGGAAAGAGGCUGUGCAGGAGGCAACCGGUUCACCUCAACUUCGCAGAGUAUCUGCAAGCGACUGGAACACAGAUGCCCUCACGAUCGUCCUCAAUAUUAUUCACGACCGUGCCGGCGAGGAGGAUGUACCACAAGACCCAAACACUUUCUUACUCGUUCAUAUAGCUGCCAUCGUGGACUACUACCACUGCCAAAAAUGUACACAUAUAGAGGCAGCUAUGUGGCAAUGGGCGCAAAGCGUCACAUUUCAUCCAUCCGGAGAUAUCGUGAACCUAUAUAUUAUACGGGUGUUCUCAUGGCACUUUUAUUUCACCUACAUAACCAGUCGUAUCUUGGAGAAUAGUCAUGACUUGACGUUGAUCAAUAUCAACGACCUGCCAAUGGCAGAACUACUCAAGAUGAUUGAGAAAAAGAGACAAAAGACCAUGGGCCAACUUCUGAGACGUCUCGAUGUUUUGGCCGCAGGAUACCAGAGUGGCCGCGUAGACCUCGUUGGCCGAUGCCGGCUAUCGGUGUGCGUGAUGAUUUUUAAGCAUUCUCUGGAUUCCUCAGCAAGAAGGUCGCUGAUUGAAUGCACAAUUGGCGAGGUGUUGAAUCGAAUUCACGUCGCUGCGCAUCCUGGCAUAUACGGCAAAUACGACUGUAUGGUCGUGACGAUGGGCCGCAGGGAUAUCAAAAAGGCUUCUUUCCAACUUUUAGAGGAAGACACAAUUAUGCUGUCCAUCUCCUACGAGAUAGAUCCGGGGGGCGACAUUGAGCUGGUACUAAACAAGCCCAACAACCAGGAGAUAGUCCCGCUUCUUCAGUUCACCCAAGACCCCCCUGAUAUUGAUCUCAAGCCAUUCGACAACUCACCAUGUACCGGUCGAUACAGCGUCUUUCAGGAACUCUAUAGAACAGGUGUUUCGCCCGUCGACAGCGAAGUUCGCAUGAGAGUCUCAUCGCGCCAUCUCAUUCUUGCCUCUCGCACUUUCCAAAGCAUGCUCGAAGGGCCUUGGAGUGAAGGAACUUCGUCUCCUCAGUCUCUCCGACAGAUAGACGCAUCAGAAUGGGAUGCCAUGGCUUUUGCUAUCGUUUUGGACAUCAUUCACGGACGUCAUCUGGAAAUACCAGUGAAUAUGAGCCUCGGCCUUGUCGCUCGUGUUUCCACGGUUGUCGACUAUUACCAAUGCCAUGAGGCUUUGCAUGUCUAUCGCCAGAGCUGGCUCAGUGAGAACAAAGAGGUAAAGGCCCCGAUGGACAGAUUAUGUAGUGCAGCUCUGUUGUGUCUGUAUGCUGCGUGGGUGUUUUCAGAUAAAACGACCAUCUCGAACAUGGCCCGUCUUACGUUGCUACAUAGCGAAGGUCUAGCACAGAUAGACACGUACGACCUUCCUAUUGGAGGUAUUUUAGACAAUAUCGAGAACCAACGACAACACCUUAUCACCGAAUCUCUUCAGCUUUUAGACACCCUGCAAGGGCAGCUGGUCAAAGAGACAAGUUGUCCUUCGGAGCAGGAGGCCCAGUGUACCGCAUUGACGCUUGGAGUGUUGGUGCGUGUAAAGCACAAAAUCUCGAGUUUCAGCACACCUCUGGAACACCCAUACGACGGAUACAGCCUCAAUUCUGUUCUGCGUACGAUUGCAAAUAUAGAAGAACCUAUGGCACUGCAUUCAAAUAACAUGAAAUCUCGCACUGCUAAAUGGAGCAAAACCUCGCGCCCAUGUUCCAUCGGGGGAAGAUUGAAGGAAAGUAUCGAGGGCAUUCAGUCGGAAAUUUGGUCCUUUUGUAUGAGAGACACCCUGGAGAAGACCUCCAAGGAGGAGACACGUUACAGGAUGAAUUUUGGAGAUACAAAACUCAUCGACGUGUGGACUGGACCUCUCAGCACUACCAAUUGUUCAGAUACCGAGUAG